ACCAUUUCAUACUAUAGAACCUCUGGUUGGUGUUACGACGCCGUUUACAGAUGUUGGUCAGGCCUGCCGUCUAUCUAAAAUGGCAGGAAGAUUGUUUGGUGUGGCCUCACGAAUCAUGGGCGGAAACGGCGUCGUUGCUAGAUCUGGCGCCGCUUCUCUCCGCCAACGCGCCGGCAUGGGUCUCCCCGUCGGCAAACACAUCGUCCCCGACAAGCGGCUUUCGGUUAACGACGAGCUGAUGUGGGACAACGGGACUGCGUUCCCAGAACCUUGCAUAGAUCGAAUUGCUGACACUGUUGGGAAGUACGAAGCAUUGGGAUGGUUGUGUGGUGGUCUAGGGUUCUUUGCGACUCUAGGUCUCCUCGCUGUUGUGAACGAUAAAGCUUCAAAGGUUCCCUUUAGUUAUUAGGAACACUUGAAAGAAUGUUCUUGGGAACUCUCUGUUACAUGCUUAAGCUUAAGCCACUAGCUAGAGGUGUGUCAAGAGCUAAAAUUUAUGAGUUACACUUUUCUCUUUGUAGCCACUAGCCAAGAAUCAUAGACGUGUUGUAUCAAAGGAAGGCUUGAUCAUGAUGAAUCCUUGUUUUUCCAAGGAUUUUGAGUGUUCGUGUCUUUUUUUUUCUUUCCCAUUGUGGUGUCUGAGUGUGAUUUUGGAGUUAUAGAAGUUGAACAAUCAUAGACGUUGUGUCAAAAGCUAUACUAUGAUGAUUAGUCUUGUUUUGAAGGACUUCGAGUUAUAGAAGUUGAACAUCAGGCUAUAGGGCUCAGAAGAUGAUGAUCUUUGUCUUCUUGUCUUUAUUCAUGACAUGAAUUGUUGCUGUUGUCAUCUCUCUGCACGUGUAUUUAUUUGUUUUACCACUUGUGGUACUUGUUCAUGAUUAUCUCUUGUAUCCGUAUGACAACCUGAGAGUGCAGCUUGGAGGAGAGCCAUAGAGACACUAUCAAGUGAUCUGCUCAUCUAAACUCUAAGCGUGUUUUCUUCACUGCUUUCUUCUUCAAAAUGUUUUCAUUUCCUGCUCACAACUUGGUGACAAAAGAAUAAAAUAUACCCUUUUUAUUGUCUGUUGUCUCUGUAAUUAACAGUGACCUUUUGGGUGUAUUCAUAAGAGAAGACAUGUACUUUUCAGCCAA